AUGCACUUUAUUUAUUGAACCUCACUUCUCUUCUCUCAUCACCUUCACUAUUCAUUGGCUAUUGCAUAGUAGUAGUGUAUUAUAUAUAAGCUUGUCUUCCACUUACGUACACACACCAAUAUUCACUCACACACAAUGGGCAAGUACCUGAAGUUUUCUUGGUUGCAUGUGUUGUUGAGGGCAGUGGUAUUCAUGUACAUUUGCAAUGUCAAUGUGGGGGUUUGGGGGCAAGGGGUGGGAGAUGAUUAUGAUGUUGCACCACAAGCUGCAGCAACAAGAGAGAUGGUUCCUGCUAUGUUCGUCUUUGGAGAUUCAUUGAUUGACAAUGGGAAUAACAAUAAUCUGGCUUCUUUAGCCAAGGCUAACUAUUACCCUUAUGGGAUUGACUUCAAGGGGGGUCCUACUGGUCGUUUUUCUAAUGGUUACACUAUGGUUGAUGAAAUUGCUGAUCUACUGGGACUACCUCUGGUACCUGCAUACUCUGAAGCUUCAACCGAUGAUAUGCUCCAUGGUGUUAAUUAUGCUUCUGCUGCAGCUGGAAUUCUUGAUAUCACAGGAAGAAACUUUGUUGGUAGGAUACCAUUCAACAGACAGCUUGAGAACUUUGAGCAUUCGCUGACUCAAAUCAGAGCACGAGUCGGAGCAGAGAAUCUAGCACAACAGCUAUCAAGGUGCAUCUUCUUUGUUGGAAUGGGCAGCAAUGACUACUUGAACAACUACCUAAUGCCCAACUAUCCGACAAAGAAUCAAUAUAAUGGUCCACAAUUCGCGGAUCUCUUGGUUCAGCAGUACACAGCCCAACUCACUAGACUUUACACUCUUGGAGCGCGGAAGGUUAUCAUAGCAGGGCUUGGACUAAUGGGUUGUAUACCGAGCAUUCUUUCACAGAGUGCAAACGAUCAGUGCUCAGAGGAUGUGAACCAAUUAGUUUUACCUUUCAAUGCCAACACCAAGACAAUGAUCAAUAAUUUGAACACCAAUCUUCCCGGUGCAAGAAUAACCUUCAUCGACAUUCACAACAUGAUCCAAGACAUCCUCGCCAACCCUGGAUCCUAUGGAUUCACGGUUCUAGACCGCGGGUGCUGUGGUAUAGGCAAGAACAAUGGACAGAUUACAUGCCUCCCCAUGCAGCAGCCGUGCUCAAACAGGGAUCAAUACGUGUUCUGGGAUGCAUUCCAUCCAACAGAAGCGGUGAAUGUACUAAUGGCAAGGAAGGCUUUCAAUGGGAAUCAAGAUGUUGUUUCUCCCAUCAACAUCCAGCAGCUUGCCGAUCUCUGACAGAUUUGGAGACACCAGAGAAAUCGCGCAAUGUGCAGCCUGUGCUGCUAUUAUAAUUUCAGCUACUAAUAUUUCCAGAAUUUGGAGGUUUUUGUAGACAGAUUUCGCAUUUGUAGUGUUUUCUAUUAUGUUAAAUGUUGUUUUUGACAA